AUGGAGCAUAAAGCUUUGUGGGCUCUUAAAUUUAUGAAUUUUGAUCCUUCUAAAACUCAAAACAAGCGUAAAAGGCAAAUGUUGGAGCUUGAGGAGAUGCGAUUGAAGCUUUUUCCUAGAAAGUUGAAGUCAAAUUGGUCAGGACCAUUCAUAGUGAAAAGUAUGCGUACACAUGGAGAAAUUGAAUUGGUUGAUCCAUCUGCUAGUGAUCAACAGAGAAGCUGGGUGGUGAAUGGUCAACGUCUCAAGCUUUAUCUGGAAGGAGAAGUAGAGCGGUUGUCCAUAGUGAUGAAGUUGGUUGAUCCUUGA